CCGAGCUGAAGAUGUUAAGACUUUCACUGGGAGUGAGAAGGAGGAGUCCAUCAGAGGAGCAGCUGAGAGUCAGAGAGGAUGAGAUGGUCUGAGCAUGUGCAGAGGAGGGAGGGUGAUGGAGCUGCCAGGUGCAGAACGACUGCUUUGAGUUUCCUGCAGUCAGCACGGAGCUUCGAGGUUUGCUGCUAUAUGAAGAACAGGACUUUGAAUAAGUGGGUGAGAGUGGAGGAAGGUGAAUCUGAGAGGAAACCCAGACCCAGAACUAAGUCGACCUUUGGUCAGUCACAUGACCCCCUCCUGAGAACGACACAAAAAGGUUUCAUUCUGCUGCGUCUGCACAGAAAGGGAAGGAUGAAGUUUUUGGAGCUGUUUGGGCGUCUAAAAUCCGUCGUUAUUGGAAUGAUUCACGUGAAAGCGUUGCCAGGUAGCCCACUGGGCUCUUUGAAAAUGUCUGAAAUCAGCGAGGCGGCGUGCCGGGAGGCUGCGAUCUACAGAGACGCAGGGGUUGAUGGACUGAUCGUUGAAAACAUGCACGAUGUGCCGUACUCUCUGAGCGUGGGCCCCGAGGUGAGCGCCUGCAUGACCGCCGUCUGCUGCAGCGUUAGGGCCGCCUGUCCGUCCCUGCCGAUAGGAGCGCAGAUCCUGACUGCAGCCAAUCAGCAGGCUCUGGCUGUGGCUCUGGCCUCAGGCCUGGACUUCAUCAGGGCUGAGGGCUUCGUCUUUGCUCACGUGGCAGACGAAGGCCUCCUGAACGCCGGCGCUGGGGACUUACUGCGGUACCGCAAACAGAUCGGAGCUGAGCACGUGCAGAUCUUCACCGACAUCAAGAAGAAGCACAGCUCGCACGCCCUGACAUCAGACGUGAGCGUCGCAGAGACGGCACGUGCUGCUGAGUUCUUCCUCUCAGACGGCAUCAUCAUCACAGGAGCAGCCACAGGACUGCAGGCCGACCCCGAGGAGCUCCGAGGACUGCCGGCACAGACAGGAGACUCUGACAGGUCAGAGAGGGCACACCUCAGACGUUUCCCGGUCUGUGGGAAUCCCCGUGCUGAUUGGCUCAGGAGUGACCUAUGACAAUGUUGAACGCUACCUGGAUGCAAAUGCGAUGAUCGUGGGCUCCCACUUUAAGCUGGGCGGGCACUGGGCCAACGAGGUGGACCCGCAGCGGGUGAAGAGGUUCAUGGGAAAAAUCCGGAAGCUCCGCCAGUGAACGAGCCGCCACGAUAAAGACACGCAGACCGCAGCUUUAGAAAAUCUCAAAAACUUUAUUUACUUGUUUUUUUUUUUUUUAAGAUUUUAUAAAUACACACAAAUAAAAACAAAUUAAAAUCUCACAUUUGUGUCAAAUAAAAAGAAAAGCAGCAGGAAUGCUGCAAA